ACGUGAUGCAUACGACAAAAUUUUUGUUUUUGACUUCCUAUGAGACAGAUAGCCCUCUUUUCGUGUUAGAUCAACUUUCAAUUUAACGAUAUCGCUAUUUUCUACUACAGUUGAAACAGCUAUAAAAUAAUCGUGUGUUUGCAAAUAUCACAGUUUCACUGGUCAUCGGCUUUCGCAUUGUCAGUAAUCCAUUCAGUCACCGAAUCAGUCAACACUUGAUGUAAAAAAAAUAAAUAACGUAUUUUGGGACCAGAAGUUGUAGGAGCAGGCGUGUUAUUUUGACAGAAUGGAAGUGGAAAGCAACCACAGAGAGGAGCGGGGUAGAGACAAAUUGUCGAAAAGGGAAAAAGACAAGAAAAGAUCAAAUCAUCGCUCCAGAAGCAAGGAAAGGCAAAGAAGUCCUGGAAAAGAUCGUCAUCGUCACAGAAGCCGAAGUCGAGACAGAGAGCGAAAACGAAGUAGAAGCAGAAGUCGUAGUCGUGACCGUGGGAAACGACGCCAUAGAGACAGGUCACGCGAGCGUUCUCCACGGCACAGAGAUGAUAUGAAGAAAGAGAAUGAUUCUGUGAAGAGGGAAGAGGAGGAGGAAGAAGAAGGCAAGAAGAAAGUAGUUCCUUUGUCGCUGGAGCAGCUGAUUGCCAAGAAGAAGGCCGAGGAGGAGGCUCUUAGUCGGCCCAAAUUUCUUACCAAAGAAGAGCGAGCUUUAGAAGCGUUAAAAAAGCGCCAGGAGGCAGUAGAAGCUCAGCGAAGAUUGAUUGAGGAGGAGAGAAAGAAACAGAUGGACUUCCUAAAAGAAGCCAAGGAAACCAUGAAUCCUGAGGGUCGCUAUGAGAGGGAACGUCGCGAGAGGAGGGAAAGGAGGGAAAGAGGGGAAGAGGAUGAGAGGGAAAAGAUCAGAGAGGGCAAAGAUAAGGAAAAGGAAACAGAUGCUAUAAAGGAGCGUUACCUGGGUAUCAUCAAGAAGAAACGUCGUCAGCGUCGUCUGAACGACCGCAAGUUUGUAUUUGACUGGGACGCAGGAGAUGACACAUCUAUAGACUACAAUCCUUUGUAUAAGGAGAAACACGCCAUGCAGUUCUACGGCCGUGGCAACAUUGCAGGGAUUGAUGUCAAGGCCCAGAAAAAGGAUCAGUCCAAGUUUUAUGGAGACUUGCUUGAGAGGAGGAGGACUGAAGCAGAAAAAGAGCAAGAAAAAAAACGUUUGAAAAAUGUCGCCAAGAAAGAGGCAAAACAGAAAUGGGAUGACCGUCAUUGGUCAGAAAAACCCCAGUCAGAAAUGACGGAGCGAGACUGGCGAAUCUUUAAGGAGGAUUACAACAUCUCGUGUAAGGGAGGGAAAAUCCCGCCCCCCUUGCGGGCCUGGAAGGAGUCGAAUAUACCCCCAGAGCUGCGGGAGAUCAUUGACAAAGUGGGAUACCAUGACCCCACCCCCAUCCAGAGACAGGCCAUUCCGAUUGGUCUGCAGAACCGUGACAUCAUCGGUGUGGCCGAGACUGGCAGUGGUAAAACCGCAGCAUUCCUUAUCCCAUUGCUGGUCUGGAUUCAGUCCCUGCCUAAGAUAGAGAGAUUGGAAGACGCAGACAAGGGUCCAUACGCCAUCAUCCUGGCGCCAACACGUGAGCUGGCCCAGCAGAUUGAAGAGGAGACCAUCAAAUUUGGGAAGGAACUGGGAGUAAGGACUGUCUCCAUCAUUGGUGGCAUCUCAAGGGAAGAGCAGGGCUUCAAACUGAGGCAAGGAUGUGAGAUUGUUAUAGCUACCCCUGGUCGUCUGAACGAUGUCCUGGAGAACCGAUACCUAGUGUUGAGCCAGUGUACUUAUGUAGUCAUGGAUGAGGCUGAUAAAAUGAUAAACAUGGGAUUUGAACCAGAAGUGAGGAAAAUCUUGGAGUAUUUGCCCGUGACCAAUCAGAAGCCAGAUACAGAAGAAGCUGAGGAUGACUGCAAGAUGUUGGAAAAUUUUGCAUCAAAGAAAAAAUACAGACAGACCGUCAUGUUUACGGCCACCAUGCCUCCCUCAGUGGAGCGUCUUGCCCGCACGUUUUUACGUCGGCCGGCUGUGGUGUACAUUGGGUCCGCGGGCAAACCCACGGAGAGAGUGGAACAGAUCGUCUACUUGGUCUCGCAGAAUGAAAAGAGGAAGAAACUUCUGACCAUCUUGGAGUCCGGUAUGGACCCACCUAUCAUCAUCUUCGUCAACCAGAAGAAGGGGGCUGAUGUGUUGGCCAAGUCGCUGGAGAAAAUGGGAUUCAACGCGACAACCUUGCACGGUGGUAAAGGCCAGGAGCAGAGAGAGUUUGCGCUGUCCAGUUUGAAGGGCGGAGCAAAGGACAUUCUAGUUGCCACGGAUGUCGCUGGUCGUGGUAUUGACAUCAAGGAUGUGUCCUUGGUUAUCAACUACGACAUGGCCAAGAACAUCGAAGAUUACACUCAUCGUAUUGGCCGAACCGGACGUGCUGGUAAGACUGGAACAGCCAUUAGCUUGUUGACCAAUGAUGAUAGCAGCGUGUUUUACGAUCUCAAACAGGUGAUUCUGAACAGCCCGUUGUCGUCGUGUCCACCAGAGCUAGCCAAUCAUCCGGAUGCUCAACACAAACCUGGUACAGUCGUCACCAAGAAACGCAAAGAGGAAACGUUAUUCUCUACGUGAGGAUAGCGAUGUCUGAAAAAGUAAAUCUGUUCUCUGCAUGAGGAUAAAGAUGUCUAGGAAAAUAAUGCUAAUCCCUACAUGAGGAUAGCGAUGUCUGAAA